UGGCGGAGACAUAUUUCAGUGGGACCGAUUCCCGCCAAAGCAUUCUAAAUUGGAGACGCCGCUCGGUGCCAACCACAAGAUGUUGGCGAUAAACGCUACAAACAUACAUUGAGAAGGGCGGAUGUUCCCGGAAGAAACAUUAACACUGGGACGCCAGAAGGAAAUGACGUAUAGGGGACUGCUCCGCCCAACCCGGAAGUACCUGGAAACUAAACACGUGGGGCACCAUGGAGGUUGUAGGCGAGAUGGAGCCUGCGGAAUAUGAAGGCUCAGAUCUGAGCUCAGAAGUUUCUGAUGGAGGCUUCUCUGCCAGCGGAGAUGAUGACUGCGACAAUGAGGAUGAGGUCACGAAGGAUGACCAAGAGUCCUUGGAGGAUGAAAAUGCAAACAAAGGCUGGGCCGACGCCAUGGCCAAGAUCCUUAACAAGAAGGUAUCUGAGAGCAAGGCCAUAUUGGUGAAGAGCAAAGCCCUGGAGAAGGACAAGCUUGAGAAGCUGGAAAAGAAGAAGCAGCUUGAUAAAAAGCGGCAGUGGGAAAUGAUGUGCAGAGUGAAGCCAGAUGUGGUCAAAGACAAAGAAGCGGAGAGAAAUCUGCAGAGAAUAGCCACAAGGGGGGUCGUACAGUUGUUCAACGCGGUAAGAACCCACCAGAGUAACAUGAAUGACAAACUGAAAGAUGCCGGGGGCUCUGAAAGGAAACGAAGCAAGCUGAUGUCCUCGGUUUCCAAGAGAGACUUCAUAGAUGUUCUCAGAGGGAAAGAAACUAAAGGCGAGAAGUCGACUACAGAAAAAAAGGGAGCUAAAAAGGUCGCUGUAAAAACAGAAAAUGAGCCCGGGUGGAACAUCCUACGAGAUGACUUCAUGAUGGGGGCGUCCAUGAAAGACUGGGACAAAGACAGCGACCACGAGGAGGGCGGAGAGAACGCGGGACCCAGAUCCAAUCGGGACGACAGUGGAAGUGAUUCUGACAGAUAACCGCGCAGGUGGAAGGAAGCUGCAGAUAAAGCCGCUCCUGCUCGGAUAAACACUUCAUUCUGUGAAUGCAUAACAUUUUUCGGAUGACACAAAUACCUUGUUAUAGGGAAGUAAAAAUACAUCAAUUUCCAUUCUGCGGGAUCUGUUACCGUUUCAGUUUCCAAUAUGGGACUAUGAUGGGCAGCGUACAGACACAGGAAAAACAUUCUGUACAAUGGAACGUGCCAGUUUUUGUGGGUUUUGCCAAGAAGUGCACUAAAGGUUUGCUCAGGUCCCAGUACAAUGAUAAUUAUAUUUCUACUCUGUAAUAUGAAGUCAUAGUCGGGUUAAACAGUACCUUUUAGAAAGUCCGAGGGGGGGGGUUGUUAUCACAUGUUCACUCCCUGCUGGAACUUAAUGAAACAUCACAUUGGUUGGUUGGUUACUUUUAACGCUGUAAAAAAAUAGAACGUUCCAGUUUUCAUCGAGAAUGGUUCAUUUUGUUCCUCCUGUAUAAUGAGGGAUUGAUUCAUUAGAAGAUCAAGCUGAAGUAGUGGGAACAGGAAAGAUUAGUUUGUACCAUUAGCAGAUGUACAUUAAAAAGACCCCUUCCAGUCAUGACCAUGAAGUGCCACUUGUUGAUUCUUGGCCACCAGAGAAAGCCAUUUUACCGUGGCACGGCUCAGUUGACUUUGGGCAUGUUAUAGUAGAAGUCUUCUCGGCUCACACUGAGACUGCCAGAUAAUAAACCACAAGGUCAAUUAA